AGUGAGAGAGAGAGAGGAGGUGGUAGAGAAGUGAGGGAGGUGUGGUGGCAGAAGGGGCGGUGUUAGACAAUACCGCCCCACAAAUAUAUUCCAUCUCCCCGUCAAUCGGGACAGCGUUUCAAUAGGAAGUAGUAUUUUUAUUCCGCUCUUACACGUUGUUUUCUCUUUGCAGAAGCGGACACGACAGCGCGCUGGUUUAAAUAGACUAGAAAGGAAGCGAGAAUUCAGCUGAAAUGAUUUUCGACUCGAGGACUGUUUACUCUGUUGGCAUUUGGUGCUUGUGAUCGCCAUCUCGUCCAGGAGAUAAGGCAUUUCUGCACUUUCCCCAUCAUCUUAUCGCCACUGCCAUCUCUAUUGUCUGAAGCCGGGGGGUCACGAGACGUCACGGUUUAAAAAAUAAUACUCAUCUAAUCCUCAGUCAAAGUCGAUUACUCCAGGGGAAAUAAUCUGAUCGACUAAUCUAAGCCGAUAGAACAGAAAUUACAGAUAGUUUUGCCGCUCGAGCAGCAGAUUUGUGUCUGUAUUCGAGUCGAUGAUUCGUGAGUAAAUCCAAGUGAUUUGCAGAGAGGAUGUUGCAUGAAACAAGCCACGGAAAGACCCACGAGUAGCGGAAAGAGUUGGAGUGAGGACUUCAAGGCCAUCAGGACUUUUUUUUUUUUUCUUCUUCUUCUUCUUUUUUUGUGGACCUGUCAGCAUAUUACGGUCCUGUAAAGCUCCAGAACUGCUAAACCUCCGGGUUAAAGCUCACAGAUAAAAAAAAAAAAUUAAUAAAAUAAAAAACAAACAAACAAAAAAAGUGAAAAAAUGAUGCUGAGUCCAGACCAGACGGACCCGGAGCUGCCGUGGAGCCACUCGGACGCCGAAAGUGUAUUAAGUGACAUGAAGGCCGGCUGCAUGUCCGAGGAGAUGAACACGGACGCCGAGGGCAAAGCCAAAGCUCUCGCGCCGCAGCCGCUCACGCGCGAGGAAAAGCGACGGCGCAGGCGCGCGACGGCCAAGUACCGCUCGGCGCACGCGACUCGAGAGCGCAUCCGCGUCGAGGCGUUCAACGUGGCUUUCGGCGAGCUGCGCAAGCUGCUUCCCACCCUUCCACCUGACAAGAAGCUCUCCAAGAUCGAGAUCCUCAGACUGGCUAUUUGUUACAUCUCCUAUCUGAAUCACGUGUUGGACGUUUAGAAUGGACCGCGUUUUAAAAAUUGAAGGUUAAAAAAAAUAAAUAUUGAGAUGAAAUGUUUUUUUGAAUAUAGCCUAGGCAAGGUAAACUGACCUGCUCACUCGAGAACUCAUCAGCAAAGUGUUAGACAGACUUUAGGUAUUAGGCUAACAAGUUUUUAAAAAGGUUUUUAUUUGAAGGUAGAGACACUAUAAUGCCCCUUUAAACAUAUGGUGAGAUGCUCCAAGAGUCGUGCACCAUUUAAAAACAGGCUGCGGUCCCUGCUGAAGGCUAGACAUCCAAAUGCAGAUGCAAUAACGCCGAAAGGGACUUUAAAAUCACUUGAAGAAUCUUACAACAGUGUAGACAAGCGGAGAGAGCAGGCUAGAGACCACCAGUUGCACUGAGAUUGAAUAGAAACUAGACUGAAGGCCCGAUUAGCUGCCUCGUAGAUCUAACACGUCGUUUGUUUGUUUGUUUGUUUGUUUGUUUACAAUGAGGAGAAAAAAAUUCUAAACGAAUGAAGUACGUACAAGUGCCACUUAGAACAAUUUUUAUUUAUGUAUUUAUUCAUUAAUUCAUUCAUUUGUUUGCACUUUCCCCAUUUAUUUAUUUAUUUAUUUAUUUAUUUAUUUAUUUAAUUGUUUGUUUGUUAUUUAUGUUCUAUUGCUUAAGUCGUUCUUUUAAGAUGUACAAUAAUGCUGGGUGUUUGUAAUGUAGGCUAUCGCGUAAACGACGUUACCAUAUGUGUUAGACUGUGACGUUCAAAUUUUCACACACACACACACACACACACACACACAAGAAGUUAAAAAAGAAAAAAGAAAAGAAAAGAUAUGACUGCACUUUUUGGUGUUUAUUUAUAUUUCAUAUAUUUUGUGAUGGAAAAAAUUUAGAGAUUAGGCUACUCUGAAAAGAAACAAAAUCAGAUGUUUUUUUCCCUAUCUCAGCUGUAAAGGAAAAUGAAAACAAACACAUGCAAAAAAAAACAACAACAACAACAACAAAAAAACAACAAUAUGAUCACGUGUUAUUGUAAAACAUUAUUUCCUGCAGUAAUUCCCCUUAUGGUUAAUGUGUUAUUAUGACUUAGUGGGAGUUAAAGACUUCCUGAUCCGACCAAAUAUAAUAACAUAUAAUAACAUUUGACGUGUCGCAGUUUGAAAAUGUUUGAUUUCUGUAGACCUGUUCAUAAUAAUAAUUAUAAUAAUAAUAAUAAUAAUCUGUUAUUUCAUAACUGGGAAAAACAUAUCUGCUAUCCAAAGAAUUCUUGUCUUUUCAGGGUCUUGCCCUUAUUGCUUUAUGCACAUAUUUUGUAGUAGAGUUGCUGUGACAGCUGGUUUUUAAACAAAGACAUUUUUUUCAUAUUUUACCGGUGGGGUGUUUUUUUGAAAUAAAACAACAGUAAGAGAAAUUGAAAAAUGUCUCCUGCCUGUUCGUGUUUAAAAGAAGAAAAAAAGAGAGAGAACUCACCCUGUGCCAUGUGUGUUAGCUGACACAUUUUUGCUGGAGCUCCUUGAUCUGCA